AUGACUACAUCCCUCCCCCCCAUCUCAACCCUCCUCGGCCCUCCCGCUCCCCCAUCCCUCCCCCAACUCCCCUACCAACGCUGGGCAUCCCAACACCCCCCGAAGGACCCUGUCCACCUCUUCACACACAAAACCGUCCUCGUGACGGGCUCCAACACGGGCCUUGGUUUCGAGGCCGCGCUUAAAUUCGCCCGUCUGGACGCGGGACAUCUCAUUCUUGCGGUCCGGACACCUACCAAGGGUGAGGUGGCGAAGCAGCGCAUUGUUGAGGCGACGAAGUAUCCCUCGGAAAGAAUCAGCGUGUUGAAGCUGGAUCAGGGGAGUUUUGUGUCGGUGCGGGGGUUUUUGAGGGAUUUGGAAAAGGUGCUUAGGGGCAGGGGACUGGAUGUGGUGGUGUUGAAUGCGGGGAUGGCGGCACCGAGGUGGAGGGUUUGUGAGGAGACGGGGUGGGAGGAGGCGGUGCAGGUGAAUGUGCUGGGGACGGCAAUGGUGGGGAUGGGGGUGAUGGGGUUUUUGAAGGCGGGGGGGAAGGCCAAGGGGGAUGGGGAGGGGGAGUUGGGGCAGUUGACACUGACGGGAAGUGUGGGGCAUAUGUAUGUCAAGAGGGAGGAUAUGAUGGGGUUGUUGGAUGUGAAGGAAGAAGAAGAAGAAGGGGGGUUGUUGAGGGUGGUGGGUUCGAGGGAGUUCUUUGGAGUGGAAAAGUCCUAUAGUGUGAUUAAGGUGUUGACCAUGUAUGUCAUGCAGGGGUUGAUGGAGUGUGCGAGGAGGGAGGAGGAUGGGGAGGUGGGGGUGUGGGUGAAUGUGGUUUGUCCGGGUUUUUGUGUGACGGAUUUGGGGAGGGAGUUUCCGUGGUAUUUGGUCUGGAUGACUAGGGUCAUGCAUUGGUAUUGUGGGAGGACGGCGGAGCAGGGGGGGAGGUCGUUGGUGAGUGCGACAUUGUUGGGAGAGGAGGGACAUGGGGGGUUUUGGGUGAAUGAUGGGUUGGCUAGACAGGGGGACAUGGUGACGAGUGAGGAGGGACAGAGGUUGCAGAAGAGGCUGUGGAAGGAGAUCCGGGAUAUUUGUAAGAGGGAGCUGUCCAUAAAGUAA